UUAUACUUAAGCUGCGUUUUCUAUUGUCGUAUACUCGUACGAAAACUUUUCAGGUGGUUUCUCUCGUGACGUAUAUCAAAGAACAACAUUUGAUUAUUUAAAAUUCUUAAUAUAGUUGAUAUCAAAUUUUAGUCAAAUGUGGGCAAUCCGAUUCAUAACAGAUGUUGUUUCGAGGUCAACUUUUGUGUCCCUUGCCCUCUUGUAUCUUCUGCUGUUACCAUCAGUAGUUGAGUCCAGAGUAGCCGAGGGAGGCUUGUUCGACAGAGAGAUCGAGGAACUUCUGGCCGUUAAGCAGCGAGGAACAUACGUGGAAUGCGAGCCACAUGAGUUCAGAUGUUCCCCUAGAGAAUGCAUCGAUGAAUCAGAAUACGAAGGAGGCAUCAGAUGUGAUGGAGUUCAACAGUGCAGAUCAUCAAAUAAAGAUGAGAAAAAUUGCGCCUGGACAAGAGAAAUGCAGCUCUGAGGACAUUUUCUUCCAUAAAUGUGUUUAUUUUGUUCUAAAAACGAUAUUAAUUAAAAAAUAAAAAAAAUU